AUUGCUACUUGAAUUAGUCGAAUGAGAGGCCUUUGCACUGACUAGCUCCCAUCGAUUUAGCUCCAUUUAAUAAAUUCUCCAUGUAUAUGUUUGCAAUUGGGAAUUUUUAUCAUUUAUGACGUUUUACAAUUAUCACUUAGCCAGUUCUUUUUUCAUAUCAAAUCCAUAAUCUUUAUGAAAAUACUACAUUGUAGUUUCAUUCAACCAAUGCUGUAUUCGAAGCUGAUAUAGGUCAGCAGUUUUUCCCGGCUAGUAACAGGAAUGGUUUUUUAAUGUCAUCUCUGUCUAGCAUUGGGGCUAACCAGCUGAAGUUACUUCGUAAUCAUCAGCCAACAUCUAGGAUCCCUUUAAAUUUAAACCAUUCAUAUUUUGGUAUGGACGUGUAAAAAGGCCAGUAACUGCUAACAUUAAUGCAAAUGUCCAAUUUUCGUUGCCAUUGCUCAAAUGGUUUCAAAUCGAUUGGACUUUGGCCUCAUUGGUGAAAGCGGUACGGCCAAACAACAUACAUGGUGUAGCUAAUCUACAUGUCUGCACAAGAUAUCUUAAAUAGCACCAAUAUGUAUAUCAAUUUAAUGCUGAACGUAACAUGUACAAAUCAGGUUGUUCUUAAAAGUAUCUUGAAAUGGAUACAGUGUCUUUAUUAUGACAGUUUAUACUUAUGUACUUUAUAACUUCAGCUUUUAUCAGGAAUAAUGGUUCUCCAAUGGUGGUAAUUGCCUUUAUGACUUAUUUAGAUACGACCUUUACUAUCUAAAUUCAUAAUAUUUUGGUGGACCUUCUGAAUAUACUAUGGAUGAAGGAAAGGAGGAUGCUUUUUGCAACAAUACGAAACUUGACUCAGACAUGGAAAGUCAAGAAAAUUCUUAUAAAGAGAAUUUAUCAAAUUUAUCAAUAGAGACUCAAUGUUCGUUCCAAGAAGAGAAUGAAUCUCAAGUUGUUGAAGAUCAAGAAUUGUUGUGCUGGACGGUUUCACAAAGUAAUACUUGUAAAAGAAAUCACCUUGAUUAUGGUGAGAUUUCUGAUAAAAGUCACUGCAGCGAUGCAAUGGAGGAGGAUUAUAAUGAACUUGAGAACAUUACAGAAACUGUUCCUAAUGGUUCUUGCAAUCAGAAAACUGCAAUGUGCAGUAUAAAUAGUGUGAUAGCUAGUGAUGAAUUGAGACAGUUUGAUAUUUUGGAUGAUUUAGAAAGACAUCCUAAUCAAAAUUGUUCUGACUCAGAGUAUGGCUCAAACGAAUCUAUUGAUUCUGAUGUACCUGAUGAGGAGAUUGAAGCUAUGCUUGAAGAAGGUUUACCAGAGGAAUUCAGAGGAAAAAGAAAAGAAAAAAGAGAUGGAAUGCCCUACGAAGAAAAAGAGAAACUUGUUCUUGAUGAAAUUGGUCACAAUCACUUUGAUAUACUACCAGAAGGAUGGGUUCAAGUAACUCACAAUAGUGGAAUGCCAUUAUAUUUGCACAAGCAGAGUAGAGUUUGCACUUUGGCGAAACCUUAUUUUCUUGGCCCAGGUAGUGUACGGAAGCACGAAGUGCCUGUUAGUGCUGUUCCUUGUUUGCAAUACAAAAGAGCCUUGCUUGAAGAAGAGGAAGAACGAAUAAAAGAAAAGGAAAGAGAGCCUGUCAAUGAAGCAUGCAGUCUACCCAGUGCAAAGAUUGAAACAAUUCAAGAAAAUCGAGCAGCUCAUUCAUUAGACAGUGAACAGCUGCGAAACUACUGCCAAUCGUUAUUUCGUUUUAAGGCCAUUAAAGUUAUGAGAUUCCAGUCAUGGUCAGCACGAAGAAAAUUUACUAAAAAUAAGAAACAUCGUAAACAACUUGAACGUCCAACUUUACCUGAUGGUACAAAGCUUAUAACUUUUCCAAUGAGUAGUUCAACAUCAGGAUGUACUGGUAGUGGCACAGGGGAAGAUAAUGGUCAGAGACCUCCCAAACAUUGGAUCAUGAAUCCUUCAGGCAAAAGUUAUGUAUGCAUUUUACAUGAAUAUGUGCAGCAUGCCUUGAAGAAACAGCCAACAUAUAAAUUUAAAGAAUUAGAAAAUGCAGCAACUCCUUAUUCAGCAGUGGUUUGUAUAAACGACAUGGAAUAUGGAAACGGCUUUGGAAGCAGUAAAAAACAAGCGAAAGCUAAUGCUGCUCGCAAAACACUGGAAAUUCUGAUACCUCAGAUGAGGGACAAAAUAUCUGGCGAUGCUGCUGGUGACGGAACAUUAAGUAAUACCGGUCGAACCAUUAAAGCAUCGAGAAGUAAUUCUGACGCCGAUCUUUCUUUCUUCGAUGAGAUAUCUAUUACUGACCCGAGAGUAGCUGAAUUCUGCGCGAAAACGACAGAGCCUUCACCUCAUGCCAUUUUGAUUACCUGCCUGCAAAGGAAUUUCGGCCUCGGCGAUAUGCAUAUCAAUUAUUCAGUGAACACUUUAAAACAUCAACGCAAUGAAUUCACCAUGCGUGUAGGAAAGCACGAAGCCACUGUG